GGAGAUGCGAGGAGAAGCCUGGGGCGAUGGAGACACCGAGCCAUCAGCAGAAGUUUCUCACCUUGGAACGUGAGGGACGCUCCUGCACCUCCAGCGCGUACGCACCUCUGCGCGAGAGGACCUCAGGCUACUUUCUCCACUUCAUCUUCCUGGGGCCUGGAGGACUGCUGGUAGUCUCUGUCCUUGCUGCCCUUUUUAAUGUUACCUUCCAAGAGAGAGAGAGCAAGGAACAAUUGGGUGCUAGGAAACUGACCACAGGCCCUGCGGGCCUCUGGAGAGAGGGGACAGAAGAGGAGUGGCCGAGCCUGGGGGACUCCAUGCGUGGGCCAUGGACAGAGCGGCGCUCCUGGCCCUGCCCAGCCUGUGCGCGCUCUGGGCAGCCGUGCUCUCGCUGCUCCCCUGCGGAACCCAGGGCAACUGGAUGUGGUUAGGCAUCGCCUCCUUCGGGGUACCGGAGAAACUGGGCUGCGCCGGCUUGCCGCUGAACAGCCGCCAGAAGGAGCUGUGCAAGAGGAAACCGUACCUGCUCCCUAGCAUCCGCGAAGGAGCCCGGCUGGGCAUUCAGGAGUGCAGGAGCCAGUUCCGACACGAGAGGUGGAACUGUAUGGUCGCCGCUGCCACCUCGGCCCCGCUCGGCACCGGCCCCCUCUUUGGCUAUGAGCUGAGUAGCGGCACCAAGGAGACAGCAUUCAUUUAUGCCAUCAUGGCUGCAGGCCUGGUGCACUCAGUAACGAGGUCAUGCAGUGCGGGAAACAUGACAGAGUGUUCCUGUGACACCACCUUGCAGAAUGGUGGCUCGGCCAGUGAAGGCUGGCACUGGGGAGGAUGCUCGGAUGAUGUCCAGUACGGCAUGUGGUUCAGCAGAAAGUUUCUAGAUCUCCCCAUCAGCAACACCACGGGAAAGGAGAGCACAGUGCUGCUAGCCAUGAAUCUUCACAACAACGAGGCAGGACGGCAGGCUGUCGCCAAGCUAAUGUCUGUGGACUGCCGCUGCCAUGGCGUUUCCGGCUCCUGUGCCGUGAAGACCUGCUGGAAAACUAUGUCUGCUUUUGAAAAGAUCGGGCAUUUUUUAAAAGAUAAAUAUGAAAACAGCGUCCAGGUUUCAGACAAAACCAGGAGGAAAAUGCGCAGGAGAGAAAAGGAUCAGAGGCAGACCCCCAUCCUCAAGGACGACCUGCUGUACGUUCACAAGUCUCCCAACUACUGUGUGGAGAACAAGAAACUGGGUAUCCCUGGGACCCAGGGCAGAGAGUGCAACCGCACGUCCGGAGGCGCCGACGGCUGCAACCUCCUCUGCUGUGGCCGAGGCUACAACACGCACGUCGUCAGGCACGUGGAGAGGUGUGAGUGUAAGUUCAUCUGGUGCUGCUACGUCCGCUGCAGGAGGUGUGAAAGCAUGGCCGAUGUCCACACUUGUAAGUGAGCUCUCCAUCCAGCCCGGCGCGGGACGCCUCGGCAGCAACCAGAGGCGCCGGGAUCUUGAGGGCGUCCCCUACCGUGCGCGGCUGGGGAAGUCGCUGCCUGUGCUAGUUCCAGACCCCUG